AUGAAGACAGAGCUCAAGCACGUCACAGACCACCUCACCACCCGCUCGCGUGAGGAGUUAGACAUAGCCGCAUACAACUUCAGCCUCAAUUUCUGGUUCGGCCUCACCUCCUCCACACCAGUUAACGUCUGGCCCCUCAUCUGGGAAGAAAUUGUAGAAAGCGUCUGGUUGUUCGCUCUGCCAUCAAAGGAUCGUUUUCUUCCACUACCUAACACGUGGAAGAUUGCCCUGGAGCUUCAGAGCGGUAAAGUGAUAACUCUUGAGAUAUGCGACGGCUCGCUACGAAGAGGUCAAUCUGGCGGGCCACAUAUAUUUCUUUUCCGUGCCUUGACUGAUGACCACCACCCAAGCAACGAUCUCGACAAACUUCGUAAUACCAGCUUAUACCUAACUGGACGCCGCUGCGUGGAUGGCCUCAAAUUACAGGACAUUGUGUACCAUGUGGAUCGCUCUGGCGAAAUAACCAACUACAGCAUGGUGAACGGUCGAGGCCGCCGCUAUUGGCUCUAUAGGGUUCUCCAGAAGAUGCGACCGUUAAUUCAAAGAAAACCUGGAGUUCAAGCUUUCCAUAAGGAGGCAGAUGAUCUCAUGCGCCGCUGCUGGAUAUCUGGAUCGGACAACACGGGCCAUUAUGGAUACCCAGACGAGCCGGACAAUCCUCUUAACAUCAAGGGUGGAAUUGACAUGUUUGGAGGAGGAAGGUUGGGGCUGCACAGUAUUGUAGAUAAUAUAUCGGACAUGGAGUGGGAAAAAUAA